AUGAGUUCCCUACGGUUCCUCGAUCUCGUCAAGCCCUUCGUGCCGUUCCUCCCCGAGGUUCAGCAGCCCGAGACCAAGAUCCCCUUCAACCAAAAGUUGAUGUGGACUGGCUUGACCCUGCUCAUCUUCUUGGUCAUGAGCCAGAUGCCCCUCUAUGGCAUUGUCUCGUCCGACACCUCCGAUCCGCUAUACUGGCUGCGCAUGAUGAUGGCGAGUAACAGAGGUACCUUGAUGGAGCUCGGUAUCACCCCCAUCAUCUCGUCCGGCAUGGUCUUCCAGCUCCUCGCCGGUACCCACAUGAUCGACGUCAACCUCGACCUCAAGGCCGACCGCGAGCUCUACCAGACCGCCCAGAAGCUGUUCGCUGUUAUCCUCUCCAUCGGUACCGCCACUGUCUACGUCUUCACCGGUCUCUAUGGCCCUCCCAGCGACCUCGGUGCCGGUAUCGUCUUCCUCCUCAUCCUCCAGCUCGUCGUUGCCGGCAUGAUCGUCAUUCUCCUCGAUGAGCUCCUCCAGAAGGGCUAUGGCCUCGGCAGCGGUAUCUCGCUGUUCAUUGCCACCAACAUCUGCGAGUCCAUCAUGUGGAAGGCUUUCUCCCCCACCUCCAUCAACACCGGCCGUGGCCCCGAGUACGAGGGUGCCGUCAUUGCCCUCUUCCACCUCCUCAUGACCUGGGACAACAAGCAGCGUGCUCUCUAUGAGGCUUUCUACCGCCAGAACCUCCCCAACAUCAUGAACCUGCUCGCCACCCUCCUCGUCUUCGCCGCCGUCAUCUACCUCCAGGGCUUCCGCGUCGAGAUCCCCGUCAAGUCCUCUCGCCAGCGUGGUGCUCGUGGCUCUUACCCCAUCCGCCUCUUUUACACCUCCAACAUGCCCAUCAUGCUGCAGUCCGCUCUCUCCUCCAACGUCUUCCUGAUCAGCCAGAUGCUCUACUCCCGCUUCUCUGAGAACCUUCUCGUCCGUCUCUUCGGCGUCUGGGAGGCCAAGGAGGGCACUGCCCAGCUUUCUGCCGUUUCCGGUCUCGUCUACUACAUGAGCCCUCCUCUCAACUUCAAGGACGCUCUCCUCGACCCCAUCCACACUGCCGUCUACAUCGCCUACAUGCUUACUGCCUGCGCCGUCUUCUCCAAGACCUGGAUUGAGGUUUCUGGCUCCAGCCCCCGCGAUGUUGCCAAGCAGCUCAAGGACCAGGGUCUCGUCAUGGCCGGCCACCGCGAGCAGAGCAUGUACAAGGAGCUUAAGCGCAUCAUUCCCACUGCUGCUGCUUUCGGUGGUGCCUGCAUUGGUGCUCUCUCUGUUGCCAGCGACCUCAUGGGCGCUCUCGGCUCCGGUACCGGUACUCUCUUGGCUGUCACUAUCAUCUACGGCUACUUCGAAAUUGCCGCCAAGGAGGGUGAUCUUGCGGGCAUGAAGGGUAUGAUCAUGGGCUAA